AUGAAGAUCAAAGCCCUCAGCCGGUCCGUGGCGUCGCACCAGGCGCCCGGCUCCGACGUUGCCAAGCAGCCGCGCAACCUCGACUCGGCGCUGCACCCGUUCGAGCGCGCCCGCGAGUACCAGCGCGCCGUCAACGCCGUCAAGCUCGAGCGCAUGCACGCCGCGCCGUUCGUUGCGCAGCUCGGCCGCGGCCACGUCGACGGCGUCUACUCCAUCGCCAAGGACCCCAAUUCGCUGCAGCGCUUCGCCAGCGGCAGCGGCGACGGCGUUGUCAAGGUCUGGGACCUGACGGACAGGGAUGAGGUGUGGCAUACGAGUGCCCACGAGAACAUCGUCAAGGGCCUCGAGUGGACGCGCGACCAGAAGCUCCUGACGUGUGCCGCCGACCGCACCGUCAAGCUGUUCGAUCCGUACAACACGCAGAGCGAGGCUGCGCCCAUCUCGUCGUGGCUCGGAUCCGGUGCCUUUACCAGCCUAUCCCACCACCGGUCAAAGAAUGCUUUCGCCGCCGCCUCGAGCGUCAUCUCUAUUUACGAUCUCGAGAAGCACACUGCUGCGCCGGAAGUCCUGCACUGGCCCACUUCAACCGACACCAUCACCAACGUCGCCUUCAACUACGUCGAGACGUCCGUCCUCGCCUCCUGCUCCACCGACCGCUCCGUCGUCAUCUACGACCUGCGCACCUCGACCCCCGUCACCAAGACCAUCCUCAACUUUGCCACCAACCGCAUAGCCUGGUCCCCUAUGGAGGCCUUCAACCUCGCCACGGCCUCCGAGGAUCACAACCUCUACCUCUUCGACAUGCGCCGCUUCGACCGCGCCCUCAACGUCCUCAAGGACCACGUCGCCGCCGUCAUGGACGUCGAGUUCUCCCCCACGGGCGAGGAGCUCGUCUCCGCCUCGUGGGACCGCACCGUCCGCCUCUGGAACCGCGACCAGGGCCACUCCCGCGACAUCUAUCACACCAAGCGCAUGCAGCGCGUCAUGGCUGCCCGCUGGACCCCGGACAACAAGUACAUCCUCUCCGGCUCCGACGACGGUAACAUCCGCCUCUGGCGCGCAAACGCCUCGGAGCGCCAGGGCGUCAAGUCGGCCCGCCACCGCCAGGCCCUCGAGUACAACGAGGCCCUCAUCAACCGCUACUCUCACAUGCCCGAGGUCCGCCGCAUCAAGCGCCAUCGCCACAUCCCGAAGGUCCUCAAGAAGGCCGCCGAGAUCAAGUCCGACGAGAUCAAGAGCAUCAAGCGGAAGGAGGAGAACGAGCGCCGGCACACAAAGAAGCAGUUCGAGCGGCGCAAGAGCGAAAGACAAAAGAUGGUGUUGGCAAAGGAAAAAUAG